AUGCACCAAAUAAAUUUGGAUCAACGUUUCGAAAUACUCAAAACUUACUUUGAAUGUGACUGUGAUCGCAGAGACGGCAAGAAAAUUGCGUUUGGAACAAAGCCGAUCCCCACUGUGACUUGGUUCCGCAACGAAAUGAUGGUUAGCAAUGCGAGCGUAGCGUUGCCCAGCGCCGGCACGAGCCACGUUCGCAGCGAGCUACGGAUUACCGGCCUGGGACGCAGGGACGUCCACUCGGAGCUCACCUGUCAGGCCAAAAACAACGCCAAAGGCCCGCCCCUUGCCGCCACCCUGCACGUGGAUAUGAACUAUACCCCGGAAGCUAAAAUUAUUCUUGGGACCUCUUUAAACCCAGAUGCAAUAAGAGAAGGCACUGAUGUUUAUUUUGAUUGCACGGUUAACGCUCACCCACCAGCAUACAAAGUUGAAUGGAGACAUAAUGGAAAGCAGCUGAACAUCAAUGUCGGGCAAGGAAUUAUUAUAAGCAACCAGAGCCUGGUCUUGCAAGGGGUUUCCAGGGCCACAGCCGGAAAUUACUCUUGUGUUGGCUACAACACUGAGGGAGACGGCGAGAGUAACGCCUUUUAUCUUAAUGUUCUCUCUAAACAAGAACGCGCCCAAAUCUCGUGCCAGGUGGACGCCAAUCCAGGAGACAUCCAAUUUCGUUGGACGUUCAACAACUCAGCAGAUCUCGUUGACGUGGCGCAGUCGCACAUUGCCAGAAGCGGCACUUCCAGCGUGGUGUCCUACACGCCGAUGACCGAGAUGGAUUACGGCACGCUGCUCUGCUACGCCUCCAACAAAAUCGGCGCCCAAAGGGUGCCCUGCGUCUUCCACAUAAUAGCGGCCGGUAAGUGUUUCCAAAGUUAG